CAAAUCUUGUUUUCUCUGAUUUUAUUCCAGAAUCUAUAAUUUACUGAUUGUGGUUGUUAUUUGUGAUUUCUUUUUAUAUUGAAAAUGUAAAAUAAUUUCAAUUUUAUAGUUUUAUUUAAGAACCAGGGAAACGGAUUUUGUUGUGUGGAAAAAAUCUGUUUAAGAUUAGUUUCACAAUGAUGUAUUGAUGUUUUUAAAGAGUUGCAAUAACCAAAAAUUCAUCUGAACAUAAUAAUCUUGGAAUGACUCUAACUUUCGCUUAUCGUCAUUUUUAUAAUCAUGGUCGCUCAUGUUUGAGGAGAUUCACAACAUCAAAUAUACCUUCAGUCACCUCUGCUGAUAGCACUGAAUUGAAUGGUGUGCAAAAGUUGGCAAGAUUCAAAGAGAAAGUGAAAGCUGGACCUGAUUUUGAUAAAUUUCUUUACAACCAUGAGCUUUUACGCCAAAUAAACUUGGAUCCUGAUGAGCCUUAUGUUGCUAAACGAUCUGAAUCAGUACCUUAUCUUGAUGAUGAAUAUUUAGAUGGUGGCGGUAAAAAGGUACACAUCGAAACUUAUGGUUGUCAAAUGAAUGUUAACGAUACUCAAGUUGCAUGUAAAAUAUUGAGUCAACAUAAUUAUCAAAUAGUUGAUUCUAUUGAUAAUGCUGACAUCGUAUUUCUCAUGACUUGCGCCAUUCGAGAAGGAGCUGAGAGAAAAAUCUGGUCUCGUUUAAACGAAUUUAGGAAAUUGAAAAGUCCAUUUCGUCUGAAACAAAUUGGCGUAAUUGGUUGCAUGGCCGAGAGAUUGAAAACUAAAUUGAUUGAAAAAAAUUCUUGUGUCGACAUUGUUGCCGGUCCGGAUAAUUAUCGUGACUUACCCAAACUACUGGCCAUAAACAAUAUUACACAGAAAAAUGCUGUAAAUGUAAUUUUAUCGUUUGAUGAAACUUAUGGAGAUGUGAUGCCAGUUGUGAUGGUUGGUGAAAAUAAAAAAGUUCAGAUAAAUAAUUGGCAACAAUUCAGACAUGGGGAAUCAAAGCAAGCGUUUGUGUCUAUUAUGAGAGGAUGUAAUAAUAUGUGUAGCUAUUGUAUUGUGCCAUUUACACGAGGAAAAGAACGAAGUCGCCCAAUUGAAUCCAUUCUUGAAGAGAUUCGGUUAUUAUCUAAAGCAGGAGUAAAAGAAGUUACUCUAUUGGGACAAAAUGUUAAUAGUUAUCGUGAUAAAAGUCAAGGGGAAAGUUUAGACAACACUUACGAAAUCGCUCCUGGUUUCAAAACAAUUUAUAAGAGUCCACAAGGAGGAUUAACUUUUGAUAUUUUGCUGGACAAAGUAGCAGCCAUUGAUCCUGAAAUGAGGAUAAGAUUCACAUCACCUCAUCCAAAAGAUUUUCCUGAAAAUGUCUUGAAUGUAAUUCAAAAACAUCACAAUAUUUGCAAGUCUAUUCAUCUGCCGGCUCAGAGUGGUGAUAAUUUGAUUCUUGAAAAAAUGAGACGAGGUUAUACCAAAGAAGCUUAUUUAGCUUUGGUAUCCAAAAUUAAAAAUCUGAUUCCAGGAGUUAGUUUAACAAGCGAUUUCAUUUGCGGUUUUUGUGGUGAAACUGAAGAAGCUCAUCUCGAAACUCUGGAUCUUAUAAAGAAAGUCGAAUAUCAAUUCAUUUAUGUAUUUGCUUACAGCAUGCGAGAAAAAACUCAUGCUCAUCAUCGCUUUCAAGACAACGUGCCCUACAAAGUCAAGACGGAUCGUGUAUCUGAAAUCAAUGAAACUUUUAGGAAAAUUAGUCUGAAUAUGAACAAAUCAAAAAUAGGCACACAACAAUUAGUUCUUGUUGAAGGUAACAGUUCUAAAUCGUUAGAUGAUUUGGUUGGACGUACAGAUAGUAAUAUCCGUUCCAUAUUCAAACACCGAGAGAUACCAGUUGGAAGUGUUUCAGAUGUUGCUAAAAGAAAACCAGUUCCAGGAGAUUACGUUUGUGUUGAAGUCGUCGAUGGAAAUAAUCUAUCUCUUUUUGUUAAGCCCUUGUACAUUACUAAAUUAACUGAUUAUUGUACAAAAUAAGCGUAAUAAAGCUUGUUGACAUAUGAAAAAGCUCGAAGCAAAUAUUGAAAGAUGACAAGAAAAUGUUCAUUAUUUGUUAAAACACGA